AUGGAAAUUAUGAGCAGUACCUGCAUGCGUGACGUCAAAAGGUCAAAUGAGUUGAAGAGCCUCAGGGACGCCAGACUCCACGAUGUCAUCCGGGAUGUCAUCAAGAUGGAGGGGAUUCAGUACAACCAAGAAAACUACGACGCCAUCCGAGCCCACAAAGUACCCAAACGACAAGUCGCGGAGUUGAAGCCUGUAAGCAAUCAAGCACCUGCACGUAUAACCAUGGCACCUACGGCCAAUCCAUCAUCCCUCAUCGCCCCGUGUCCACUGCCACCAAUCCCAUUCGACCCACCUUCGUCAACGGCCGGCCCACCAGCAACAAGUGCACGGCCCCAAUACGUCAUCACACCCGUAAUCACCUCACCCGUCUUUAGCGACUUCAGUCAACCCGUGGCAGCAAGAAUUAAGUCAGAAGGCAUCCACUAGAUCGAGAAGCACAUGGGCCGCGGAACGGUUUUGAAAGAAGGGGGAGGGGCGGGCUGAGUCGAAAGUUUGGGGCUGAUCAUGCACAAAAAAAUCAUAAUCAGAUGGACAUUUUUUUACGUUUUUGAACACAUUUUUAGAAAAAAAAGUGUGGGGGCUGAAGCUCCCGAAUCCGUAGCACCCAUUUCCGCGGACUUGGAGCAGUAGUCAGGUCAAGGUGCCCGCGAAGUUUC